UCCAAUUUUUUCCCCAACCAAAUAUCUUGUCACUGGUCAAUUUUAGCUCGGUGAAGUGAUCCCAUAUCUAUGUAUCUAUGGUGAGACCAAAGUAACAGAGGAGUUGGACAAGAGAGGAGGGCGGUGACUGAGUCUGGGUCAUGGACACGUGUGGGAGACAGGGCAAACUCAAAAUCCGAAGCUAAAACAGAGACCACGCCAAAAAGCCACCACCCACUACUACUCAUUACCUCGUCCUCUCGUUCUUUUUUGCCUUAGCCUCCACUACUCUCUCUCUCUCUCUGUAUAUCACAAAACAACAAACAAAAAUGCUUGCUUUGAAUGUCAUUACCCCUAUCACCACUGCCACUUCCUCCAAAUCUAUCCACCAUAGAUACCCUCUAACCAUCAGACUCCAUUCCCCGUCCACUACUCCAGCUCUCCCUCUCCUCCACCACCACCCCACCACCACCACCGCCAUCACCACCGCCACCGCCGCCGCCACCUCCAUCAAUGCCUACCCAGCUUCUCCUUUUUCACUCAACCCCAUAUUUCGCAUCCACCACCCUUCCCACCUCCCCAGAGCUGCCUCCUCCAACGGAGAAGAAGCAGAACCAGCUUCCCUCUCCACCCCCAAGCCUAAGUCCAAGACCACUCAGCUCGCCCUUGUCUUCGGUCUCUGGUAUUUCCAGAACAUCGUCUUCAACAUCUACAACAAGAAAGCUCUCAAUCUCUUCCCCUUCCCAUGGCUGCUCGCUUCUUUUCAGCUCUUCGUGGGUUCCCUUUGGAUGCUCGCUCUCUGGUCCCUCAAGCUCCAACCAUGCCCCAAAAUCUCUAAACCAUUCAUCGUUGCUCUCCUCGGACCUGCAUUGUUCCACACAAUAGGCCACAUCUCCGCCUGUGUCUCCUUCUCCAAGGUCGCUGUUUCAUUCACCCAUGUCAUCAAAUCUUCCGAGCCUGUUUUCUCUGUUGUCUUCUCUUCUUUUCUCGGCGAUACCUACCCUUUAAAGGUAUGGCUCUCUAUUCUCCCCAUUGUUAUGGGCUGCUCUUUAGCUGCCGUCACUGAGGUUUCUUUCAAUCUCCAAGGCUUGUGGGGGGCUUUGAUUAGCAAUGUUGGGUUUGUUUUGAGGAACAUUUACUCCAAAAGGAGUCUACAGAGCUUCAAGGAAGUAGAUGGGCUUAACUUAUAUGGUUGGAUCAGUAUAAUUUCACUGUUCUAUCUAUUUCCAGUGGCCAUUUAUGUUGAAGGAUCUCAAUGGGUUCAAGGGUAUCACCGGGCCAUAGCGGCUGUGGAAAAUCCUUCCACGUUCUAUAUAUGGGUUUUGCUCUCUGGUGUGUUUUAUCAUCUUUACAACCAGUCUUCAUACCAAGCGCUUGAUGAAAUUAGCCCAUUGACCUUUUCUGUGGGGAACACAAUGAAGAGGGUGGUGGUAAUAGUGUCCACUAUUUUGGUGUUCAGAAAUCCAGUUAGGCCUCUCAAUGCUCUUGGAUCCGCCAUUGCCAUUUUGGGCACUUUCUUGUAUUCACAGGCAACGUCUGGAUCAAAGAAAAAGGGAAUUGAAGAGGAAAAGAAGAACUAAAAAAAAAGGAUUUCUUUCUCCUUUUGUUUUUGACCCAUGAUGAUGAAUUUAUUAUUCUGUUUUGUGUUGUUGUAGCCUAGGCUUAAAAAUGAAAGUUUUAUUCAGCAAAGGUUUAAGAUUUUCAUACUUCUCUCUGUUUUGCUUCCUGAUUCUAUUUUCCCAUAAUCAAUUAAGUCGAGUUUAUAAACUUUUUUUUUUCUUUUCUUUUCUUCAAUUCCCUUCUUUGAAGCUUGUGGUGCUUGCUUAUAUGUUUCUGUAUCUGUUCAUAUCAACUAGCCUGCUAUAUUACAUUUACAUAAUGUAGAGAUUUAAGAAAAUAAUUAGAUGUAUAAAUGAGCGAGGACUGAACUACAUUAGCUUGUAAGAUAAGAAAGACACGACCGGUGGCUCACUCACUCACUCUUCUUCCUCAUUUGUCACUUCCUCCGACAAUGUAUGGACAAACCACCACCUCCGGUACCUCACUGCCGCAACCGAUGUCGCAUCUUCUCCGGAGUUGACUCUCUCUUGGCAUACAAAUGUUACAAGUAGUUUUAGUUGAUUUCACUGUAUUCUUUUUGUUAACAGGGCCUAUAAACACAUUUGGGAUUUUCAUCAAUUUCAAGCUAUCUCUGAAAUCAGUUGAUUACUGUUGUGAAUGAAGUAACUAGCCAAUGGCAGGCUCAUUUGGUUGAGCAUUGAAUCGUUUUGAUGUUUGACCUUCGAAGUUGUUAUAAUACUCUUUUGAAGGUAUGUUGUUUCAAGA